UGAACUGUUUAACGUACUUCAUCACUUCCUUGUCACAAAUCAAACCCUAAACCCUCUUUCUCAACAUGGGCCUUCUUCACAAGCAAAACCUCUCCUUUGUGAUACUACUCCUCCUCGGUUUCCUCGCCGUCUCUUAUGCUUGCGAUUGUAGUGACCCUCCUAAACCAUCUCCACACCCUGUUAAACCGCCAAAACAUCCCGCUAAACCACCUAAGCCCCCCACCGUUAAACCACCUACUCACACCCCAAAACCUCCCACCGUGAAGCCUCCACCUCCAUACAUUCCAUGCCCUCCUCCCCCGUAUACUCCAAAACCUCCCACCGUGAAGCCACCACCACCACCCACCGUGAAGCCACCACCACCUCCCACCUUGAAGCCACCACCACCACCCACGCCGUAUACUCCACCACCACCCACCGUGAAGCCACCACCACCACCACCAGUCGUUACCCCGCCACCGCCAACACCAACCCCAGAGGCGCCAUGCCCGCCACCUCCACCAACCCCAUAUCCUCCUCCGCCUAAACCAGAGACUUGUCCCAUCGACGCUCUGAAACUAGGCGCGUGUGUGGACGUGCUAGGCGGUUUGAUUCACAUCGGACUAGGGAAAAGCUACGCUAAGGCAAAGUGUUGCCCACUUCUUGAGGGUUUAGCGAGUGUUGACGCUGCGGUUUGUCUCUGCACCACUAUAAGAGCGAAGCUUCUCAACAUUGACCUCAUAAUUCCAAUUGCUCUUGAGCUCCUUGUCGACUGUGGUAAGACUCCACCUCGUGGCUUCAAGUGUCCUGCUACGCUAAAAAAGACUCCUCUCUUGGGUUGAUCUCUUUUCUAUUGCAUUUGAUACAAUAAAAAAGGGGUUUGAAACGUUAAGAUCUAGAUUCUUCUUUAUGUUUUGUGAUGGCGGAAACAAUCACUAAAAGGAUCUAAAUUUCGUUAUUAUUCUUAAAAUAUCAAGCAAAAUUUUAUGUAACUGUUAUAAGGUGAUUAUGUACGUUGAAUUAUUGUUAUUUGAAAUUUUAUUUUUAAAUGACAAACACUACGCAGUGGUCAUUACUCAA